GCAAUGGGUUUUCCUUGAUGGAUGAUGAGGUUCAAUAUGACUGGUGCAACUACUACAGAAAAGUCAGCUAGUAAUCCUUUGGAGCAGUUUGUAUUGCUCGCGAAAACUGCCAAAGGAGCAGCUGCAAUCGAGCUUAUUAAGCAAGCAGUAGAGACACCAGGUGUCAAUGUGUUCGGAGAGCUACUGGAUAUGCCAAAUAUUAAAGAAUUAGAAAACGGGCCAUAUGUUCAGUACUGGAAUACUCUGAAUUUAUUUGCAUAUGGCACGUACAAAGAAUAUUUAGAGAACAAAGACAAGGUUCUAGAAUUAACUUCUACUCAAAAGAAAAAGCUGCAACAUCUAACAAUCGUAACACUAGCCACAAAGUCCAAAUGCAUACCGUAUUCUGUAUUGUUGGAAGAAUUAGAUAUAAAGAAUGUUAGAGAUUUAGAGGAUUUAAUAAUAGAGGCUAUUUAUGCAGAUAUAAUACAUGGCAAACUGGAUCAAAAGAAUUCACAGUUAGAAGUAGAUUAUGCUGGUUUAGGUCGUGACGUUAGGCCUGGAGAUACUGGUGUAGUGGCUGAAACAUUAGCUGCUUGGAGUCAGGCUUGUGAUACCGUGUUAGCAUGUAUCGAGGAACAAGUUACAAGAGCGAGUGUAGAAAAACAGAAGGCCACUUAUCACAAAGAAAGAGUACAGAGAGACAUUGCUAAUAUUAAGAAAUCUCUUGCUGCACAAGCUGGGGGUGGAGGUGUGCAGGAAGCUGACAUGGCUGCAGGUAGUUCAGGAUCAGGAGGAAGCGAAUCAAGCAGAGAAGCUUUAUCAGCUCCACCAGAUGCAAAGAAGAAACAACAGAAGGUCAAAGGUAUUAAAGGCAGUGGAUUGUAGUAUAUUACUUGUAAUCUGCAUUGAUAUCCUUGCAAUCCUAUGUAAACUGCGAUAAAUGAUGACUAAUGCAAUUACGAAGCACCAUCAUAGCGAACACAGGGAAAGUUCAUUGCCAAGUCCUGGUAUAUCAUACAGAUUCCACAGGGAUUGCAUUUUCAUUCGUUUGGAGAGAAAAUCUUGUAUAUAUGUGUAACGAAAUAUAGCAUUAUGAAUCAUCUUGUUACAUUUGUUUAAUAAUAGCAUUUGUUUAUAUGAAAAUUUUGUUAUAUCAAAGGUGCAAAGUUUUUCCAAAUUAUCGUUUCUGUUCGUACGCUAGUCAGAAACGAAGGAAAGUGGGAUGGGAUAAUAUAUAUUAACAAAUUUAUUAAUAUUUAUUCUAUUUAAGAUUAUAACUCGAACUAACA